AUGCUCGGUCGCCUCACUCACUACGCAUUUGAUGCGGUUCUCUUCUCCGCCUUUCUAGCAGGUGUCAAACGCUCAACUGGCCUCACCCCUAGUGUUAAUUCAGACAAGAUCACUGAGAACAAGGAUGUCAAGAAAUGGGUUGACAACUACCUCGGCGUUGGUGAAUGGGUGAUGGAUCAGUCCGUCGCUGUCAUGGGCUCAUCUGCCUGGUUCGAACGACGCCGCUGA